AUGUUCGACGACCCGACGCUGUCCAACAUCAAAAUCAAACAGAUCAGCAACGGAAAGACGCGCGAGUACUUCAGACACAAGGCUAGACUAUGCGCUGAUUCGGAUUUCUUUAUUAAUUCGUUCACUAUUGGAUUCAAGGAAGCCAGCAAUACCGCAGUGGAGGUCCAUGACAAUGACCCAGAUCAUUUUGAAUCCGCGCUCAAAUUCAUCUACACACUCGAUUACGAUUUCUAG